UUGCAGAUUCCAUUAAAGAUGUUAUCAAAGGCAACUAAUGCAUUUUCCGACCAGAAUAUCAUUGCAAAGGGUGGGUUUGGGAAGGUAUAUAAAGGCGUUUCUGUAAAACAUGGCAACAUCGCCAUAAAGAUGUUGGAUCCUACGCAAGGGCAAGGUGACCAUGAAUUUAAAACAGAGAUCGCCUUACUUUCAGUUUAUAAACAUGAAAACAUUGUCUCACUUCUUGGCUUUUGCGAUGAAGAUGGCAAGAAGAUACUUGUUUAUAAGCAUGAAAGCAAUGGGAGUCUCGACAGAUAUUUACACAGCGCAAAUCUAACAUGGAUCCAACGACUCCAGAUUUGCCUAGAUGCUGCCCGUGGGUUACAGUAUCUUCAUGAUGAUGUUGGACUUCAACAUAGAAUUCUUCACCGUGACAUCAAAAGCUCGAACAUUCUUUUGGAUGAGAACUGGAAGGCCAAAGUCUCAGAUUUUGGGUUGUCGAGGGUGGGCCCUGCGAAUAUGGAGUCUACCUUUGUGAUCUCCAAUGCUUGUGGUACGUCUGGAUAUAUUGAUCCAGAGUACUUGAUUAGCGGUUAUCUUACACAAAAAUCUGAUGUUUAUUCUUUUGGGGUUGUAUUGUUUGAAGUUCUAUGUGGAAGGCUCACAUAUGUUAAAACGUACCACGACGAGCGUCAAUAUUUAACGAAUUUGAUCAGAAUACAUUGGGGAAGGAAAACAUUAGACGAGAUCAUUUUUUCCAAUAUAAAAAAACAGAUGAAUGGAGCUUCCUUGCUUACGUUUUCAAGCAUUGCUUACCAAUGUUUGAUGAGCGGAAAUGAACGUCCAACAAUGAAGAAAGUCGUGGAACAACUACAGAAAGCUCUUGACGAACAGUUAACACCAAGCGGGUCAUGGUCGCAUACUGAUGGCUAUGCUGCUCAUCGCCAAGAAGAAUCACGGUUAGUGGCAUCCUCUUCUUCUCAACCCAGUCCUGCCUCUUCUUCACUAAAGUAUGAUGUCUUCAUUAGUUCUAGAGAAGAAGAUACAUUUGCAGAUCAUCUUUACUCGGCUCUAGUACAUCGACAAAUCUUCACUUUACUUCCUCAGGGAAAAACCAUUCGUCCAUCCCUCUUUGAGGCGAUUCAAGAUUCACAAAUAGUCAUCGUCAUAUUCUCACUGAACUAUGCUAGUUCUUCCUGGUGCUUGGAUGAACUUGAACUUAUAAUGGAAAAUAGGCAUAAGAGAGGGCAAAUCGUGAUACCUGUAUUCUAUGGUGUUGAACCCUCAGAAGUAGUAUUACAGACAUCGUAUUAUUUAAAAGCGCUUGCCAUGCCUGAGUUGAACAUGAACAAAGUUGAAUCCUGGAGAAAAGCACUUGUGGAGGCAACUAACCUUUCUGGAUGGGACGCGGACUGGAAUGAAUUAAAACUCAUCAAAAAAAUUUGUGACGACAUAUCAUAUAAAUUGCUUAGAUCCGGUGAAAGUUAGAAUCUUAAUGAUUCGUCAGCAUCUAUCGGUAUUGUAUUGGUGAAGGUGCGUAGAGAAACUAGACGUGGGUAAAGGCAACUAUCUUCAGAGAUCGAGCAGAACGAAAUGCAUAUGUUGUUUGAUGGUUAAAGCUAUUUGGUGGCAGAUUUGGAUGUGGUGCAAAUGCCCCAUUCCAAAUGGAUUUUCUUCAUUAGAAGGAUUUUCUAUAUUAUUAUUCAUGUAAUAAUUUGCUUUAUGUGUUAGUAUUAUUCAUAUAUAGGAUGAAAGUAUUUUGGA